CUUCCGGGUUACACAGCAGCCAAUCGGAAAGACGCGUUUGGCGCAAAGGCUCUUGGAGAUUGUAGUUCUGUCACUCGCACGUCACGACGCAGAGACUUCAGUUGGAACGAACCAAAGUGAAAACGUGCGGGGGAGGGACUAGUUAUGGGGGACCCCAAUGGAUGCAUUAAAGUAAACCCCUGCAAAUGCCUGAUGAAGGACGGCUCCGGGGUGGUCAAUCUGGCGGCGUUAGGAAAUAUGGCGGGUUUUCUGACGCAGAACAUGAAGGUGCGGCGUGAAGUGCAGGGGAAGAGCGUGGAACAAUCCAUCACCUUCAGCCCCUGCCAUCCCUUCAGUGAACCCAUGGCCCUCGUGAACUGCUCCCAUGUGGCCGUGUGCGUCGUGUCCAGAGACCCAGAGGCAAAAGAAAAUGUCCCCCAAUACACGGGAUUCGGGACGCAUGAUGGCAAUGAGUUUGUUUACAGCAACGAGAGCAAAAUUUUGUCGGUCACAUACAGAGCCUCACAGGAGAGUCCAUUGAGGACAGUGGUCCACUAUAACUGCAGCUCCGUCUCCAUGGUUACCUUCCCCCCGGUGGAGGACAUGACUGAGGUUCUGGAGAUCCUUGUACAGAGCCCGUGUGCCUGUCCCAGCAGCUGCCAGGCCGAAGACGUGGGCCCGGGGAACAUCAUCCUCAUCAUGUUCGUGGUGUCGCUAACAGCGUACUUCUUGUUCGGUGUGUCCACCCUGCGCUCCAUGCAGACCCUAGAAGGAAGUCACGUCACCCCCGAACCCCAUAUCUGGUGCGGGAUCUGCAGCUUGUUUUGGAGAAAUCAGAAACCCAUCUUGACGGAUGAGAGUUGUCAUGAAGAGGACUCCUUAGAGUAUUUCAAUGUAUGAAUGAAACUUCAAAUCCAACACAUAGAAUAAAAUUGCGCAGCUGCAGUACCAGACACAGCCCUAUGAACAUGAGUGGCGCUGUUUCUUGGGAAAAUAAAACAGAUCCUUUUUCUUUUCUCACAUAGUGCUU